CGACCUAGUCAAACCUUACACAUCGAAUAGUGAAAGUAACCCACGUGGUAAUGUUUUGCAUGUCAAAUUGUACAAAAUGCAUAAUUUAACAGGAAUAUAUAUUAUCAGAGUGUGUAAAAUGAUAUUUUCUUUAUAUACGUUGUCGCAAAUUCUAACCUUAAAUACAGUUUUUGCAACAUCGUAAUUGUACGAGAGUCACAUAACCUACAACAUGGUACGCUUUAAGAACAGGUACAUAACGUUUGAAAUAACCCUUGGUGAUAAGACUAAUAAGCCUUUCCCACUGAAGAUCAAUGCUCUACACUUUGCUAUCAACCAGAUAGUACAGAAAUUAUAUGGUGAUUUCGGUGUAGCUGCGAUAAAAGCUGGUUUUAGCGCAAAGUAUUGUAACGCACACACAAGGAUAGCAUUGGUGAAAACAAGACACGGCCCGCACAGGUUUCUAUUAGAGUCCAUACCACUCAUAAAUGAUAUAGCAGGACGUUUGGUAUCCGUAAAAAUACUCUAUGUGGGGGCAACUAUGAAGCAUUGCUUUCUUUUUAUCAAAAAGUAUCAGCAAAAGAAAUUAGAGCAAAUAUGGUACACUCUAAAAACUGAUGCCGAAAGAAAGAACAUGGAAAAUGCUUUGAUGACUCUAACCCACAGCAUGAAAGAAUAUACGUAAAAUAUUUGUAAAUGUAAAAAAUAUUUACUUAUAUAAUGGUACAUUUUAUUCGAUUACAAUGUUAAAUUAAGCAAUAAUAACAUUUAAGGUUAAUAAAAACGAGAAUCCCUGCACGAAGACA